GCCGCACUGAAGUGACCUCCCCUCCUUUCUCUCUCUUUCCCCGCAGGUCCCAGUCGACUCCUCUCCUGCCUGGAGUCAGCGGCGCGUCGCUUAACGUGUCUCUUGCCUGCCCCGUGGGCCUUGAGACGCGCGCGUUUGCUGGGGAGCCAGGCCACUGGCGGCUGUUUCUUCUCCACAGCCCUAAUUUGGUGGCUGGGAAGCACGACACUGCAGAGAUGCAUGAAGAAAAUACAGAUACAGUUAAUGGAUUUUGCAAAGUUCGUAUUGGUGUUCAGAAUGAAGCUGCUUUGCUGGCUUUAAUGGAAAAGACUGGCUACAGCAUGGUUCAGGAAAAUGGACAAAGAAAAUUUGGUGGUCCUCCACCAGGUUGGGAAGGUCCUCCCCCACCCCGGGGUUGUGAAGUUUUUGUGGGGAAGAUCCCUCGUGAUAUGUAUGAAGAUGAAUUAGUCCCUGUUUUUGAGAGAGCUGGGAAGAUUUAUGAAUUCAGACUGAUGAUGGAGUUUAGUGGUGAGAAUCGAGGAUAUGCUUUUGUGAUGUAUACGACUAAAGAAGAAGCACAACUAGCCAUCAGGAUUCUUAAUAAUUAUGAAAUUCGUCCAGGGAAAUUUAUUGGUGUCUGCGUAAGCUUGGACAACUGCAGAUUAUUUGUUGGAGCCAUUCCGAAAGAAAAAAAGAAAGAAGAAAUCUUGGAUGAAAUGAAGAAAGUUACAGAAGGUGUGGUGGAUGUUAUUGUUUAUCCAAGUGCCACUGACAAAACUAAAAACCGUGGCUUUGCCUUUGUAGAAUAUGAGUCUCACAGAGCUGCCGCUAUGGCUAGAAGGAAAUUAAUCCCAGGGACAUUUCAGCUAUGGGGUCAUACUAUUCAAGUAGACUGGGCAGACCCAGAGAAAGAAGUUGAUGAAGAAACAAUGCAGAAAGUUAAAGUGUUGUAUGUAAGAAACUUAAUGAUCUCUACUACGGAGGAUACAAUUAAAGCAGAAUUUAACAAAUUCAAGCCAGGAACAGUUGAACGUGUAAAGAAACUGAGAGACUAUGCUUUUGUUCACUUCUUCAACCGAGAGGAUGCAGUUGCUGCUAUGUCUGUAAUGAAUGGAAAAUGUAUUGAUGGAGCUAGCAUUGAAGUAACACUGGCAAAACCAGUCAACAAAGAAAGCACUUGGAGACAACAUCUUAAUGGUCAGAUUAGUCCAAACUCUGAGACUCUCCUAGUGUUUGCUAACAAAGAAGAUGGAUAUCAAAAAUCUUUAGGAAAACCAGCAAGUCUUACAGUUCGCCUUAAUGAUCAGCACAGUCCAACCCCCCCUGAACUUGAAAGGGGUACUUAUCCAUUUUUUCCUGGAACAAAGCUUACUCCAAUUAGCAUGUAUUCUUUAAAAGCCAACCACUUCAAUUCUGCAGUAAUGCAUUUAGAUUAUUACUGCAACAAGAAUAACUGGGCACCUCCAGAAUACUACUUGUAUUCAACAACAAGUCAGGAUGGAAAAAUACUCUUGGUUUACAAGAUAGUGAUGCCUAGCAUUGCAAAUGGUUCUCAGAGUUAUUUCAUGCCAGACAAACUUUGCACAACAUUGGAAGAUGCAAAAGAGUUGGCAGCACAGUUUACACUGCUACAUUUAGGUCCUUUCUGAUGUUCCUUGAGCAUACUCUACUGCUGUUCUUGUUCCUGUUGGCUAAACAUUUAUUUUCAUUGACUUCAUUACAUUAAUACUUGCAAAAAAACAGAGGUACAUCAUUUACAGUAUUACGAGGCUACAGCAGUGUAAACAUCAGUUUCACCUUAAACUGCCUUAUUAUUUGCAGUUCCUUAAGGGGACGGAAAAUGUCCCAUGCUUGUUGGAAGCCAGAAGGUUGUCUUUAUUUUUAUUUUUCCUACAGCCAGUGGUGCACCCUAUCUCGUUUGAGCCAUUUUAAAAGCAUAGUUGAGUGUUUGGAAAACCCAGAAUUUAUUACUAUAAAAAGAAAAAAAUAACACUGUUGUACAGGGGAAUUAUUAAAAAAUAAAAUAUCAAUGUUUGUUGGUUAAUGAUUUGGCACAGUAUAUGUAUUAUAAACAGUUGUCUUUAAAGAUUAGUAAAAUACAUUGUUAAAAUGUAUAUAUUAUAGUUACUGUUCAACUAAUAUAAAAUAGUUUUUGUUUUGAAGAGGUAUUUGUUGAAAAUGUAUUACAGGUAAUACUUUAAACUGGUAAGUGAACUAAGAGUCAAUAAAAGAUAAGAUUUUCAGUAGUAUUCAGAUAAAACAUUAGUAAAACUAUACACUUAGAACACCUACCUCCCACAUUUCUAUAAUACUGAGGAGAGAAUUGUUUCCCUUGCAAACAAUAAUUGUUAGUCAAAAUGAAAAUGCACUUCUACUACUCUUUAUUCAAGAGAUAAAAUUAUUACAUUUCUAUGCCAAAUAUAAUUUGAAAAAAUUAGUAUGUUAGCAAGAUAAACCACAGUUUUGUUUUUGAAAAGUUAGCAAAGUACAGAUCAAAUUUUUCACUCGAAAGGUAUUUCCAGUAAAAGGUCUUGUGCUGGUGCAAUGUUGUAUUAAUGGGAGGCAGGCAUUUUAAUAGUUUUAUGUCACAUGCCACUAAAACAGGUUUUUUAAAAUGAUUAAUGAUCAGCACAGUGCUGGCUGAAUUGUGGUAUCAUAAUGUGUGCACUUAAAUAAAGUAGAAAGUGUUUUUUGUGUUUCAGUCCAUUGUGUCUCACUGAAUUAAAUCUCCUUUGGUAAACAUACAUACACUGUAACAGUUCAUAUUUUUAUUAACUGACUACAAUAUUCCUCACAGCUCAGUAAAUAGCAUUUCCCCUGUUAGUGUCACACAGUCUUCCAGGACAGUCAGUGUUCAUCCAUACACAUCAAGGCCUUAUUCUUAUCUAAACUAUCCCAUUACCAACUGUGCUGCUUGCUUAUGGCAGCCAUGUUGAACAAGAACUAUAUAUC